AUGACUGCUUUUAAUCCCCUUACUGUCAUUCUUACCCAAAACAAACUUGAGGGUCCAAAUUAUGUUGAUUGGAAACGAAAUUUGGAUAUUGUUCUAAUUGCUGAAGAGUACAAAUUUGUGCUCGAUGAGGUGUGUCCAGAGAAACCGGGAGACGAUGCCACAGAUGAUGAACAGAAGGCUUACCAGAAAUGGAUUAAGGCUGAUGAGAUAGCGCGGUGUUACAUUUUGGCAUCCAUGUCGAAUGUUCUGCAACAUCAGCAUCAGUCGAUGGAGUCUGCUUAUGACAUUCUGGAAAAUCUCAAAGAAAUGUUCGGAGAUCAGAAUCGUGCGGCUAAGCAGACUGCCAUGAAAGCCCUUCUGAAUACCAAAAUGGUUGAAGGUUCAUCGGUCAGGGACCAUGUUCUGAAGAUGAUGAGUCUUCUGAAUGAACUGGAGGUCCUUGGAACUAACAUUGAUAAGGACACGCAUGUUGAAAUGAUCCUGCAGACUUUGCCUGACAGUUUUCAGCUAUUUCGCCUGAAUUAUAACAUGAACAAAAUGGAUUUGUCCCUUGCGAAAUUGUUGAAUGAGCUGCAGUCGGCAGAGACUAUUAUCAAGUCCCAAGCUCCUCCCGUUGCAUUGAAUUUUGAGACAUGUUCUUCUUCUAAGCCGAGAGGCGGGCAGAAAAAGAAAAAGGCUAAAAAACCCUCUGUUAGUGGCGCGACUGCUGGU